AUGCGGUACCCUCAAGGCCUAAAUGUCUGUAUCAGCGUCUCCCAGCUCUAUCCUGAGUUCAACUCGAAGUCGUCUGCCAUCAUGCCAUCAGCACACUGUCACGCAGCAACUAUAGAGUCGAGCUCAGGCACUGAUCCAGAGUUCUCGUCGGAUUCUGAUUCAGACGACUCGGACGCAGAGCUCAUCCAGGUCCGCGCUGCGCUUGCUCCUGCACCUCCAGAUGCGACAUCUCAAGAGCUGUGCAAGGCCCUCGAGAUCUCGCAGAGACUAUUGCUCGACUUGCGUGGUAAAUGCCGUGAGGCUAUAAAGAAGAAUGCACUCCUUGAGGCUGCAGUACCUAAAGGCCGCAAGCGUCGUAACCUUACUUCGAAUGAUCUUGCGAUGGCGGCCAAGGAAGACACCAUACGAGCUCUUGGGAGGAAAUACUCGAUAACCCACUGCCUUUGGAUCAACAUCGAACUUUUCCCACUGUCAGCUCGCACCUGUCCAGACAUCGACCUCAAUAGCAAGGAGCGUUGGCUUACAGGAGUCUCGAUGGAGGAUGGUGUGAGGGCCGAGCUCUUCAAGUUCAUUCCUGAAGAAGAACGUGAAUUGAUGAGCUAUCAAAACUUCGGAUCUCAGGGGCGUCAGCAACUGCUCAUUCUGAAAUGGCAUCUGACAGUCAAAUCAUGCGCAAGUGCAAUCUUUGGUCUCAACGCGAGCAUCUUCAUACGAGGCUACAAACGAAAUGAAGACCCUAACUGUCGCCCUCUUCUACUGAGUCCCCAUGGAGAGUACACAAAGUUCGCACCUGUGCUUUUUCCUAGACCUGAUAAUCCAGUACCGCAUCAGUUGUUGAAAACUGCAAAGCUCGUGCAGGUCUUGAAAGUAUCACUCUUCGGCAAGUCGUCAUUGGCACCUACAGGCGCUGCGUCUUCUAGGACAAAAGCCAAGAUCUGGAAAUUGCGAGCUAUAACGCCAGGUAUGAUUGCUGCUGCUGCUGUCGUGGCAAUCUUCCUACUCUCUGGUGAUGCAGAACUCACUGAAAUUGGUGACACUAUGAAGAUUCCGUACCGCGAAUACCACAACUUCUACCGUCAGCGUUUACUGACUGGAGGUGCCUGGGUGCACCAGGUCAUCACAUUCUUCAAUGAUGCCCUUUUCUCAGGAACUUCGUCUUAUGUUCCCCCUUCUACUGCUCUCAAUGAUGACGGACUGGCUCCCUCAAUUCCAGCUCCCUCAAUUUCGGCUCCCCCUCAAGCUGUUGCAGCUCCCCCUGUCAUCAAUAUGGCUCGAAGUUCAGAAUCUAUCACUACUGCAAUGGAUGAACUCAAUCUUAGGCAUCAGGAUCUUGCUGAAUCUGACCUUCCUGCUCCAACUAAAGCACACGCAAAACCGAAGGCACGGCGCAAAGGCAAGACAACUGCGGAGGGUGAAGAUGAAGCUGUUGUUGUAAGGCGGUCAGGCUGGAAGGGCAAAUGA